GAGGAGGGGCGGGGCCGCUCCGCUGCAACAGCAAAGUUUGAGGCGAAGCCUAGCGACUCGCAGCGCCGGUCCCGCAGUUUCACCUCUUUUUUUUUUAACUCCGCCAGAGGACCCCGACCCACAGGUCCCGGUUGCUCCGCUGGUCAAAGUGCGUGCGGACUAGUUGGCAAAGUUGAGAGCGCGACGUCUCUGGGAACAGCUGUUUGCGUUCUGGGCGGAGGCGGCGCGCUGAGCUCCUUGGCCUCGAGCCAGCGAGCCUAGAAGGAGGAUGGAGGUUUUGGGCCCCAGGGGAGGACACAGAGACGGCGGGAUGGCGCAGGGACUUGAGGCUUGAGAUCCCGUCCUUCAGCUCAGGUCCCGUCGCGCUUUUACCCCUUCCCGGUGACCUCAACCCCUUUAUACCGACCCCACCUCUUUGGAGCCGGGAGUACCGCCCCGUAGGGGGAGGGGAGAGGAGGCGAUUUCGAACGCGGAUUGGAUCGUCUGGGCACCCGUAGUUGGGAACAGCGGAACGCUGGUCCCGGGGUCUGAAUAAGGUGUCCGGAUCGGAGGGAGGUUCGGGUGGGCAUCGGGCGGCUGGAAGAGCCCGACUCGUCCCGCUGGGAAAGCGCGAGUCUGAGUGGAACCCUGGACGACUUGCAGAGGGGCUGGCGCAGUCAUGGCGGACUACUGGAAGUCACAGCCAAAGAAAUUCUGUGAUUACUGCAAGUGUUGGAUAGCAGACAAUAGGCCUAGUGUUGAAUUUCAUGAAAGAGGAAAGAAUCAUAAGGAAAAUGUGGCAAAAAGGAUCAGUGAGAUUAAACAGAAAAGCCUGGAUAAGGCAAAGGAAGAAGAAAAGGCAUCAAAGGAGUUUGCUGCAAUGGAGGCAGCUGCCCUGAAAGCAUACCAAGAGGAUUUGAAAAGACUUGGCUUAGAGUCAGAAAUUUUGGAGCCAAGCAUAACACCAGUAACCAGCACUAUCCCACCUACCUCGACAUCAAAUCAACAGAAAGAAAAGAAAGAAAAGAAGAAAAGAAAAAAAGAUCCUUCAAAGGGCAGAUGGGUAGAAGGCAUAACCUCUGAGGGUUACCAUUACUAUUAUGAUCUUAUCUCAGGAGCAUCUCAGUGGGAGAAACCUGAAGGAUUUCAAGGAAACUUAAAAAAGACAGCAGUGAAGACCGUUUGGGUAGAAGGUUUAAGUGAAGAUGGUUUUACCUAUUACUAUAAUACAGAAACAGGAGAAUCCAGAUGGGAGAAACCUGAUGAUUUCAUUCCACACACUAGUGAUCUGCCUUCUAGUAAGGUCAGUGAAAAUUCACUUGGCACCCUAGAUGAAUCCAAAUCAUCAGAUUCGCAUAGUGAUUCUGAUGGGGAACAGGAAGCAGAAGAAGGAGGGGUCUCUACAGAGACAGAAAAGCCAAAAAUAAAGUUUAAGGAAAAAAAUAAAAAUAGUGAUGGAGGAAGUGACCCAGAAACACAGAAAGAAAAAAGUAUUCAGAAACAGAAUUCAUUAGGUUCAAAUGAAGAAAAAUCGAAAACUCUUAAGAAUUCAAACCCAUAUGGAGAAUGGCAAGAAAUUAAACAAGAGGUUGAGUCUCAUGAGGAGGUAGAUUUGGAACUUCCAAGCACUGAAAAUGAGUAUGUAUCAACUUCAGAAGCUGAUGGUGGCGGAGAACCCAAAGUGGUAUUUAAAGAAAAAACAGUCACUUCUCUUGGAGUUAUGGCAGAUGGAGUGGCCCCAGUCUUCAAAAAGAGAAGAACUGAAAAUGGAAAAUCUAGAAAUUUAAGGCAACGAGGUGAUGAUCAAUAGUUGCAGGAGAGCUUUUUGUACAUGCUUUUAGGACAGAAUGGAGACUUAUACAUCCAAAGUUUAUCUGUGUUUGUUUGUAAGUAUUUUGAUGCUAAAAAUUUAGAUUUAUUCUAAAUGUAUUUGAUGUGAAUUAAAAUAAAUAUUUUUUCAUGUGAAAUUUAUUUUGGUUCCUAAAAUGGAAGCCUACCGCAUUGCAUUGUAAUACAGUGUAUUAUGUUCAGUGUUUAAAAACUGCUAAUUAAGUCAUAAUUUAAGAUGCUAUGUAUCUGUUAUUUAAAACAUGGAGAAACAGGGCCUUUAUUCCAUUCAUAUUCAUAUGAGCAUAUUUAUCCUGCAUUGAAAGUGCAUUACUUUUGCACAUUGAUAUUAACUGUUGUCCAACAAAUAAGUAUCGGAGUACAUGAGAAUAUUCACAGCCCAGUGAUGAUUUGGUUCUGAGGCUGAUGUGAGAAAGCUGAUGUAAAAAAUGUAUGCAUAUUGGCUUACCUUACUCAAUUUAAAGUCAAAAGCCAACAGCCAGGAGCAGCCAGCAAACGUUGUUUAAGCAUUUUAGUUUGAACCAGGCAUUGUGUUAGGAAUCCAGGGAUAAAGAUGAAUGAAAUGUAUUUCUGUUCUUCAGGAGUUCACAUUCUAGCAUAUGCCUUUUUUCCCCCAGUCAUGCACUCUUUUUAGCAGCCUUAUAUGUACUAGAAAAGAUUUUUUAAAGUUUAUUUAAAGCUGUGUAGAUGAAGGCUUGAUCUAAAAUAGUAUAAGGUCCCCAGCUUCAGUAAAAGUUUUUAGUGUUUACUUAAAUUAGUAAUUUCUCACUUUCUGUCUGGUUAAAAUGUCUUAAAAAGUAGAAUUUUCUUCUUUAAUCCGUUUAGUAGUUACCUCCCUUUUACUUUUCAAAUUCACAAAAUUACAUUUCUCAUAAAUUGUAUAGUAUUUAACUUAUAGUUAAUAUUUGUCUUUUUAAGAUGACUGUACAUGUAAAAAAAUAGCUUAUUAAAAACUUGAUCAAAGAAUAA